CAGCUGGAGCACGGGAACUUUGGAGAGAUGAAGCUGCCCCUGGGCCUAGCAGGACUGCUGGUCAUUCUAGCCAUGCCCCAGCCUUCUGAGGGUGCCGCUCCAGCUGUCCUGGGGGAAGUGGAGACCUCAGUGGUGCUGACCUGCAUGGAGGAGGCCAAGCGGCUAGUGGACAAAGCCUACAAGGAGCGGCGGGAAAGCAUCAAGCGGCGGCUUCACAGUGGCUCGGCCAGCCCCAUGGACCUCCUGUCCUACUUCAAGCAGCCAGUGGCAGCCACCAGGACAGCGGUGAGGGCAGCUGACUACCUGCACGUGGCCCUAGGCCUGCUGGAGAGGAAGCUGCGGCCCCUGUGGCCAGGCCGCUUCAGUGUCACGGACGUGCUGACACUUGCCCAGCUGAAUCUGCUGUCCAAGACUAGCGGCUGCGCCUACCAGGACCUGGGGGUGAGGUGCCCAGAGGAGGACCAGUACCGAACCAUCACCGGGCAGUGCAACAACAGGCGCAGCCCCACGCUAGGGGCCUCCAACCGCGCCUUUGCGCGCUGGCUGCCGGCGGAGUACGAGGAUGGCUUCUCCCUGCCCUUCGGCUGGACGCCCGGGGUCAAGCGCAACGGCUUCCCGGUGCCCCUGGCUCGCGCCGUCUCGAACGACAUCGUGCGCUUCCCCACGGAGAACCUGACCCCGGACCAGGAGCGCUCGCUCAUGUUCAUGCAGUGGGGCCAGCUGCUCGACCACGACCUCGACUUCACCCCCGAGCCAGCCGCCCGUGUCUCCUUCCUCACUGGCAUCAACUGCGAGACCAGCUGCCUGCAGCAGCCUCCCUGCUUCCCGCUCAAGAUCCCGUCCGAUGACCCCCGCAUCAAGAACCAACGCGACUGCAUCCCUUUCUUCCGCUCCAGCCCGGCCUGCAAAGGGAGCAACAUCACCGUCCGCAACCAGAUCAAUGCGCUCACCUCCUUCGUGGACGCCAGCAUGGUGUACGGCAGCGAGGACCCCUUGGCCAUGAAGCUGCGCAACCUGACCAACCAGCUGGGGCUGCUGGCCGUCAACACCCGCUUCCAUGACAACGGCCGGGCCCUGCUGCCCUUUGACAACCUGCACGAUGACCCGUGCCUGCUCACCAACCGCACCGCGAACAUCCCCUGCUUCCUGGCAGGGGACAGCCGCUCAAGUGAGAUGCCUGAGCUCACCUCCAUGCACACACUCUUUCUGCGGGAGCACAACCGGCUGGCCACAGAGCUCAAGCGCCUGAACCCCUGCUGGAACGGAGAGAAGCUCUAUCAGGAAGCCCGAAAGAUCGUGGGAGCCAUGGUCCAGAUCAUCACUUACCGAGAUUACUUGCCCCUGGUGCUGGGGCCGGAGGCCAUGAGGAAGUACCUGCCCGAGUACCGCUCCUACAAUGACUCGGUGGACCCGCGCAUCGCCAACGUCUUCACCAACGCCUUCCGCUAUGGCCACACCCUCAUCCAGCCCUUCAUGUUCCGCCUGAACGAUCAGUACCAGCCUAUGCAGCCCAACCCUCGUGUUCCGCUCAGCAAGGUCUUUUUUGCCAGCUGGAGGGUUGUGCUGGAAGGUGGCAUCGACCCCAUCCUCCGGGGCCUCAUGGCCACCCCUGCGAAGCUGAAUCUGCAGAACCAAAUCGCGGUGGAUGAGAUCCGGGAGCGGCUGUUUGAGCAGGUCAUGAGGAUCGGGCUGGACCUGCCCGCUCUAAACAUGCAGCGCAGCCGGGACCACGGCCUCCCAGGCUACAAUGCCUGGAGGCGCUUCUGCGGGCUUCCGCAGCCCAGCACGGUGGGCGAGCUGGGCACGGUCCUGAAGAACCUGGACCUGGCGAGGAAGCUGAUGGCCCAGUACGGCACGCCCAACAACAUCGACAUCUGGAUGGGUGGUGUGGCCGAGCCCCUGAACAGCAAAGGCCGCGUGGGCCUGCUGCUCGCCUGCCUCAUUGGGACCCAGUUCAGGAAGCUCCGCGAUGGCGAUCGGUUUUGGUGGCAGAACAAGGGCGUGUUCAGCCCGCAGCAACAGCAGGCCCUGGCCAAGAUCUCCUUGCCCCGUAUCAUCUGUGACAACACAGGCAUCACCGUCGUGUCCAAGAACAACAUCUUCGAGUCCAACACGUUCCCUCGGGACUUUGUCAACUGCAGUGCACUCCCUGCAUUGGACUUGGGCUCCUGGAGGGACAGGGACUAGAGGCUGGGAGGCUGCCUGGAGAGGGACUGGGGCCCACUGGCCCUUUUGUACCAUUUGUUUGUACCUGAUGAUUAUGAGAAUAAAACAUCACUGAUGG